UUUAAAUAUUAAAAAAUAAUAAUCUAUCAAAUUAAAUAUAAUUUAACCGUGAACCUUGUCAUGUGAUCUGGGUAACCCGGAACAGUUUGAUGUUUUUAGCUCUACACAACCCUUCAUUCAUAACAACAACUCAAUGAACCUAUCGUACACCGACAGCGCGUCGAGGACCAGUGAGUUUUCCCCUCCCAAGAUGUCAGCUGACUCCAUGGAGAUUGAUGACUCCCUGUACAGUCGGCAGAGAUAUGUCCUGGGGGAUAGUGCUAUGCAGCAGAUGGCUCAGUCUUCUGUCUUCCUCAGUGGAAUGGGAGGACUGGGAGUGGAGAUCGCAAAGAACAUCGUGUUAGCAGGUGUGAAGGUAUUGACGCUGCAUGACACUAAGCAGUGUGAGACUUGGGACUUGGGCUCCAACUUCUUCCUGAGACAGGACGAUGUGCUGACUCAGAGGAACAGGGCUUUGGCGGUCCAUCCCAGGGUAGCAGAGUUAAACCCUUACGUCCACGUGGAGACGUCGUCCUCCUCUCUCGACCUCUCCACUGACCUCAGCUUCCUGAAGAGGUACCAGUGUGUGAUCCUGACUGAGGCCAGGCUGAGUCUCCAGAAGAAAAUCAAUGACUUCUGCCACUUCCAUCAGCCUCCUAUCAGGUUCAUUGGAUGUGACGCGUAUGGGAUCUGUGUGAGAGUGUUCUGUGACUUUGGGGACCAGUUUGAGGUGUCGGACCCCACGGGAGAGGAAGCCAAGGAGAUGUUUAUCCAGAACAUCACACAGGGUAACCCAGGGGUGGUAACCUGUAUGGACAGCAGGACCCACGGCCUCCAGACUGGACAGAGCGUUCUCUUCAGAGAGGUCAACGGCAUGGACUCACUGAACGGCACCGCACGACAGGUCACAGUCCUCUCUCCCUACAGUUUCACCAUAGGGGACACGUCCUGUCUGCAGCCCUAUGCACAUGGAGGCUUCUUCCUGCUGGUCAAAACCCCCAGAACAUACAGCUUCGAGACGAUGGAGCAGCAGCUGUCUGAGCCUCGGGUCCUGACUCCCGACUUCAGCAAACCAGAGGCCCCGCUGCAGAUCCACGCCGCCAUGCUGGCUCUCGAUGCCUUCCAGGAGCAACACAACAGACUGCCCAAUAUCGGGUGCUGUCAGGAUGCGGAGGUUCUGGUCAAACUAACAGAGGAAGUCAACCUCACCUUGACAACCAGAGCUCCAGUGAAUAGUGAGUUGGUGUGUUGUCUGUCCAGAACGGCGCAGGGUUCUCUCCCUCCGUUGUCCGCGGCGGUGGGGGGCAUCGCCAGUCAGGAGGUCCUCAAGGCCCUGACGGGGAAGUUCGGCCCGCUACAGCAAUGGUUCUAUCUAGAUGCCAUCGAGGUAGUGAAACCACUACAGUCUCUAUCUGCAGAGGAGUUUAUCCCCAGGGGUGAUCGGUACGACGGGCUGAGGGUCUGCAUCGGGGAAACCAUGUGUCUGGAACUCCACAAGCUGAGAGUCUUUAUGGUGGGCUGUGGAGCCAUUGGCUGUGAGAUGCUCAAGAACUUUGCCCUGCUGGGAGUGGGAUUGGCCAAGAGCUCAGGAGAGGUGUGUGUGACGGACCCAGACCUGAUAGAGAAGUCCAACCUCAACAGACAGUUCCUCUUCAGAUCUCAGCACAUACAGAAACCUAAGAGCACCACAGCAGCCUUGGCGACCUUGGAGAUCAACCCAGAGAUGCAGGUAGACGCUCACCUCAACAAGGUGUGUCCUGCCACUGAGGGGGUCUACAACGACCUGUUCUACUCCCGCCUACAUCUGGUUGUCACGGCGCUGGACAAUGUAGAGGCUCGCAGAUACGUCGACAGCCGCAGUGUAUCCAAUCAGAAGGCUCUUCUGGAUUCCGGUACCAUGGGAACCAAAGGACACACGGAGAUCAUCGUGCCCAACCUGACCGAGUCUUACAACAGCCAUAGGGACCCACCAGAAGAGGAGAUUCCGUUCUGCACCCUCAAGUCUUUCCCUGCUGUUAUAGAACACACCAUCCAAUGGGCAAGGGACAAGUUUGAGAGUGCGUUUGCCCACAAGCCCACCAUCUAUAAUAUGUUCUGGCAGACCCACUCCUCAGCAGAAGCCGUGCUACAGAGGAUGCAGCAGAGGGAGACUCUAGAGGGGGCGUUCCAGGUAGUCAAGUUGCUGAGUCGACGGCCCAGCCAAUGGGAACACUGUAUCAUUCUGGCACGCCUCAAAUUCGACAAGUACUUCAAGAGAAAGGCUCUACAGCUGCUGCACUCCUUCCCCCUGGACACCCGGUUAAAGGACGGCAGUUUAUUCUGGCAGUCACCUAAACCCCCGUCUCCCAUAGAGUUUGACCUGAAGGACUCACUGCACUUCAGUUUUGUCGUGAGCGCAGCUCGGCUUUAUGCUGAAAUCUACAACAUCCCCUACUCAGAGAAGGAUCUGUCACAGGAAGCAGUGUCCAGGAUGUUGUCAGAGAUUACCAUCCCGGAGUACAGGCCAGCAGAGAAGCGUAUUGAGACGGAUGAGAAUGUGAAGAAGCCUGAUCAGAUGAAGCUGUCCGUGAGCAGCGAGGAGGAGAGAGAGGCCAUCGCCCAGUUAGAGGAGGCUAUCGCUGCAGACCACGUUACACCAGAGCGGUUACGGAUGUCUCCCCGGAUAUUCGAGAAGGACGAUGACCUCAACGGUCACAUGGACUUCGUGGCGGCGGCCUCCUCCCUCAGGGCCAGGAUGUACUCCAUCGAGGUGGCCGACCGCCUCAAGACCAAACGCAUCGCCGGGAAGAUCAUCCCCGCCAUCGCCACGGCUACUGCUGCCGUCGCCGGGCUGGUGUCGUUGGAGCUGGUGAAGGUGGUGGGAGGAUACGGGUUUGAGUCGUUCAACAACUGUUUCUUCAACCUGGCCAUUCCUGUCAUGGUCCUCACCGAGGCUGCACCUGUCAAGAGGACACAGAUCAGGGAAGACAUCUCUUUCUCUAUCUGGGACCGCUGGACUGUGUGGGGUGACCAACACUUCUCUCUCUCUGACUUCAUCAAGGCAGUGCUGGUGAAUUAUGGGAUAGAACCUACCAUGGUGGUCCAUGGCGUAAAGAUGCUCUAUGUUCCUGUGAUGCCUGGACACAACAAGAGACUAAAACUAACGAUGCAGAAGUUGAUCAAGCCGUCUGUAGACCGUCGCUACGUCGACCUGACCGUGUCCUUCGCUCCUGAGUCAGACGGUGAUGAGGACCUUCCUGGACCCCCCGUUAGGUACUACUUCAGCCCCGACGGAGACGCUCACAGCGCCUGACACGCCCGGACCAUAACCCCCUCAGUCCCCUCAAACUA